UUUAUCAUUAUGUUAACUAUAAGGUAACACAAGAAGAUGCGUUAUGAUAAUAAAACAAACAUUUUCCUUAGUACACGUUGCUAAAUCAUUAAAUCUCAUUUACAAUUAUUUGGCUAUAUACUUUUCCCGCGCAGAUGUCGCUUCAUAAUAUCAAUGCCAGCGAUGCCAGCAUCCCCACCAAGGCCGUUAAAGUAACCGUUACAAACAGUAUCCUUAUGGAAAGCAAAUGUAUAGGUCUCUCAGGGAUUGAAAAUUUUUGAUACAAAUAUUUUUUAAAACUUUCCGAUUUACACGCCAAUAUGACAGAGAAACUAAUGGUGUACGAAUGUAGAAUCUCAAGGAUAGCCAUUUUGGCGGGUGACGUGUUUGCAUACCGAGUAUUGACAGCCAUAACAUAAACGGGGGACGUUGCUCGUAAUAUGGAUAUAAUCAGUUCUCCGCUGUACAAAAUGUGUAUAACAUAAUAAUUCGUGGUCCAAAUACCAAGGCGUUAACGAUACUUUUCACAAUGGUGAGAAAUGAUAAUGAUACAAAGCGGGCGAAGAUAGUAAACAGAAGAGAGGCCGCGUAUAAUUUUCAGCUGCGUUAGUGGGAGGGGGAGCAAUGCACCAUGGGAACAAUUUGCGACAGGCGCAUGCGCAGAUCAGUUUACAGUUGGAGCUUGGAAGAAAAUGGCGUCAGCUAAGUUUCUGGAGGAAGCUCUGAGCACGGACGUCGAUGAAUCCGCAGUGAACGCAAUAGUGGGCUCCCUCGAAACACAACUGGUAACAUCGACGCCGGCUGCCUCUGGUCAUCAAGCGAGUGCUGCGUCAGUCAGCCAGCAGAAUCAUCAGGUGAACAGUGGUAUUUCCAACGGGGGCACCAUCACCGCGGUGCAGCCACAGAAACAUGGGGUUUCGAACGGCGGCGGUGCUACCACAGUGAACAGUCUGAUGACUCAAGAAGUAACCAAGUCCAUUACCACGAGCACUCUCCUCCCAGUAAACGUGGUUACCUCAAACGCAGUGGCGCCACAGGUUACUACACAACAGCAGCAACAGCAUACACAGGCAGCAGUCCCCCCUGCUGCUUAUAUCAAUCAAGUUACUACAAACCAGGUGACCAGCAAUCAGACGACGAAUAUACCAAGCCUUACAAAAACACAUGAGCCUGUCAAGAUUAUUUAUCCUACUGUUGGUCAAGUAAUAGCCACCACCGGUGUUGCAAAUGCAAAUAAUAAACUUUCGUUUCCUGCACAAACUGUUGGCCAGUUAGCCAAUGGUACCCUGGGUAUAACGUCCCAAGCAGUGUUACAGACAACAUCGAAUGUUGUUAGUAACGUCGGCUCUGUUAGUGAAACAGGCAGUCAAACAGUUGCUAAUGUAAAUAAGCCGACAGGUACAGCUUUGGUGAUAAAGAAGGUAGCACCCAGUGGCAUGGUUUCUGUUCCAAUGUCUGUUCCUGUUUCUGUGGCUGGCAAUGCAGUCAGCACAGCACUACAGGCUAAAGCUGGGGUUACGUCGACGAUAGUACCCAGCAAUGUGCAAAUUCUUAAUGUUAAUACAAUGCGUCCUGGCACACCAGUGGCAGGGCAACAAGCGGGGAAACAAGUCGCACCCAGGGUAGUAAUUGGUCAACACAUGCUUGGAACAAGACCUGGGGCUCCAGGGAUAACAUUACAAACAUUGCAUGGUUUACAACCUGGAACUCAGGGUCAUAUAUUACUAAAAACUGAAAGUGGACAGUAUCAGUUACUAAGGGUAGGGCCACCUCCAACAGCAGGUACACCUGCUGGUACCGCAGUCACUCCAAAUAGUAUAGCAGGGAAUGCAGUGGUUGCUGCACCAUCUCCAGGCACUACCUAUCGCUUAGCCUCAGUGCCGGCUACUGUGGCUGCAACUGUUACAACAGCAACUACGACACCUGCGACGGUGACUGCCGCUGCCACAACUACGCCUACCUUACCUGUUACUACUGUUCAAACGGUUCAAACACCUACACCACGUCAAACUACAGAUAAUACCAAAGAAAAGUGCCGUAAAUUUCUAGCAAACUUAUUAGAGUUGUCUAGUCGAGAACCUAAAGCGGUGGAGAGAAAUGUUCGAACUUUGAUACAAGAACUAAUUGAUACUAAAGUUGAACCCGAGGAGUUCUGUGAUAGACUUGAAAGAUUAUUGAAUGCAUCACCUCAACCAUGCCUGAUUGGAUUUCUCAAGAAAAGUUUGCCACUUUUACGGCAAUCCCUCGUGACCAAAGAACUGGUCAUAGAGGGGAUAAAACCUCCUCCAGCUAAUGUUGUCUUUCCUAUAACAUCUGCUACUCCCGUAGUACCACAGCAGAAUCAGCUUAGACCAACUGUUGCUGUGGCAGCUAACAAGUCUUAUACUAAUUGUAGUACAGACGAAUAA